AUGGGCAUAUUGCGUUUAAAGUUUCUAGCUUCAAUUCUUGAUGAACCUUUUAAGCAGAAAGCAAAGAAAUUUAUCCUAUAUCUUCUACGAUCAAACCUUUAUCAAAAUAAUCAAGUCGAUGAAUAUGAUAUCAAUAAAAUUAUGAUGAAAGUUCUUGUACUUCGCAUGGCGUCAUGGGCUGAAUAUAAACCGGUACUUUAUCAAAUUAAAAGAGCAUUUCAGCGAUGGUUACAUGGUUAUAGUUUAUCGCCGAAUUUGGUGCCCGCUAUUGUGGAAAUUGGAGUUAGUAUUGGUGAUGAGGAUGAUUGGAAUAGAGUAUUGAAAAGAUAUUAUGAAGUUGACGAUGAUCAUAGCAAAAAAUUGUGCAUGAAAGGAUUAGCUGCAUCAAAAAAUCCAAAGUUAUUGAAAAGAUUGUUAGAAAUAAUUAUGGAUGAGAAACAAGUCGAACUAUUUUUUAGUUACAAUAAAAGGCUUCAAAAUUAUAAAAGAUUGGCAGAAAUGGAAAUCGAAAGAUUAAGAUUAAAAAUUCGUUGGAUUCACCGUCAUCAACAGCAAGUUCAGUCUUGGUUCAGGAAUAUUUGUCGUGAAUUAAAAUUGUAA